CCCCUUUUCCUCCUCGCGCACUCCUCUCUCUCCCGGACCGACGUUUGAGUCGCACGAGACUCCGGCGACGCGCUUAGCUUCUCCGCCCCCGCCCCCCCACACACCGACACCGGUUCCCCGGCUGGUCGUGUGCGCGCGCGCGGUGUGACCCGAGGACUAUCCACCACUUUUUUUUUUUUACCGGAACAGGACCUCCGGGAGGAAAAGAGAAGAAAAAAAAGGUGGAACUACUAAAUAAACUAACAUUCCGGGACUUGAGAGCGAUGCACUGGCAGCAUGGCCAAGUGGUUCAAGGAGCACCUCGGAUUCAAAACUACGAAAGCACCCCCUCCGGCGCCUCCGAAACCGGACUACCGGCACUGUCACACCGGUGCGCCCACCGGGUACCUCCACGCGGGCUCCGGAGCCACCUUCCCGAGCCCCGCGCAACCGGACAUCCUCGCUGCGUACAAACUACAAAAGGAGCUGGACUUCGAGGACCCGUACACCCCCGGUGGAAACAUUUCAUUCGGCUCCAGCGUGACCAGCGGCGGGUCCCCGGAUAUCAAGUACGUGUCCCCGAAGCACCGACUCAUCAAGGUGGAGACGGUGGAGAAGAGCAGCCCGGCUCCGGGCACCGGAGGCACCGGAGGCACCGGCGGUGGGACCGGCGGCGCAGUCCCCGUCAGCCAAGCUGUUGCUCUGGGGAGCGUUAAGUCUCCAACCUCCCCUCCCGCGGACCCCGACAACAAGGAGAAGCCCAUUAUCCUCGAAGACUACGCGGACCCUUUCGAUGCCGAGCAGGCCGGCGGCACGGAGAAGGUGACGACGGAGAACGACGGCUACAUGGAGCCCUACGAAGCCCAGAGGAUGAUGGCAGAAAUCCGAGCCGCUGGGCGAGGAGGGAAGGACGGGCCGGGGAGGCAGCCGCCGCUGUACGACACGCCGUACGAGCCGGCCGAGAACGGCGACGGAGACUCCGACCCGGAGCUCUCCACCCGCUGCUGCCCCCGAGAGAGCCGGCUGCCCCAGGACGACGAGCGGCCGCCCGAGGAGUACGACCAGCCCUGGGAGUGGAAGAAGGAGAGGAUCUCCAAAGCGUUUGCAGCUCUGCUUUGUUAUGACUGCAUUAGCUACGAGGGUUCUGUAACUGGAUCAGGUCCCGCCCCCCCCGGAGGAAAGGACUGCACCUCUAAAGCCCUCACAGUUGAGAUUAACGUGAUCAAGGACUUGCCGUGGCCCCCCCCGGUGGGGCAGCUCAACACCACCGGCCCCCCCCUGGUGGAGGAGCUGGAGUCUCCCUCCCAGACGGCUCGGGCCUCUCCAGGACAGACAGGCUGCGACCAGCACCACCAUGUCCAGUUCGACGGCGUGGAGAAGUCUCGGAUGUCGCCGACCAAGGAGGGGAAGUCCCGGCCGCUGCAGCGGCACUCCAGCAGCUGUCUGGUGAACACCAAGAUGUCGUCCUCGCUGGAGCACUGCGGCGCCGCUCUGGGGGAGCGCGUUGACCCCGCCGUGACCCUGGAGAGCCAGUUCUGGUACCACGGAGCCAUCAGCCGGACGGAUGCAGAGUCUCUGCUCCGGCUGUGUAAGGAGGCGAGCUACCUGGUGAGGAACAGCGAGACCAGCAAGAACGACUACUCCCUCUCCCUCAAGAGCAGCCAGGGCUUCAUGCACAUGAAGCUGUCUCGGACUAAAGAGAACCAGUACAUCCUGGGCCAGAACAGCUGCCCCUUCGACAGCGUCCCCGAGAUCAUCCACUUCUACUCCAGCCGCAAGCUGCCCAUCAAGGGGGCGGAGCACAUGUCCCUGCUGUACCCCGUGGCCAUCAGGACACUAUAGUCCCCCCCCCCCCAAAGAACUGCUGAUCCUGACUCUGAUCCCCCCCGACCUGCUUGGAAGGCCUUCUGCGUACGAUCUCACACACACACACACACACACACUCACACACACACACACGGACUCAGUGUGGCAGAAGUCUUUAUUAUUUUAAUUCUAUUUUAUUUAUGGCGGACACUUCCUGACAUCACAGACUCUCCGGUAAACAUCGCUUCACCGAUUCUGGAUCUGAUUCUUCCCCUGAGCACUUAACAGAGAGACGGGAACACGGUCACAUGUGUGUGUGUGUGUACCUUUAUCAAGAGCAUGAUGGACCUGUUUCUUAAAGAUCAUAAACAUCGUGAGAAUUGUGAAUGAACACGUUUGUUUUGGUGGAUCCUGGAACAGUUUGUGAGGCCACAGGAAAAACAGGUGUGUGUGUGUGUGUGUGUGAGAGAGAGAGAGAGCAACCGACAUCAGCCAUCGACUUGCCCUUUGUGUGUGUGUGUGUGUGUGUGUGUCAUGUGACUGUGCCGUGGUGAAGUGGCAUGUGUGCGUUUCCGUUUGUGUAUUUCGCCACACGUCUCUGUGCGCCCCCUAGUGGUGUGUGUGUGUGUGUGUGUGUGUGUGUGUGUGUGUGUGUGUGUGUGUGUGUGUGUGUGUGUGUGUGUGUGUGCUGCAGACUGAUCUCUCCAUCCUGUCACAGUGCAUGCUGCCUGCCAUCCGUCACCUGGGGGGGGGGGGGGGGGUACCACACAACGCCCACAGUGUGAGCACCGCGGUGGAGACGGAUGGGUCGACCCAUCUGACGGCGUACGAUUGGCCGAAACACCAGAGCCCGUCCAAAUGGACCAAAUUGCCCCCCCCCCCUCCUUAAUAUGGCUUUGCAUCUGGAGGAUGACUCAUGCCUGCAUCGUCUACCUCAGAACAACAACAAUCUAUUCCAUUUGCCCAUCUGCAGAUCGAUAGGUACAACGGCCCCCCACACACACA